AUGUCAGAAUUUUUGGACAACCAAGCAGAAGAGUCAGAAAAUUCUGGCCUGACAACUGAUACUUCCAUUGACGAAGAAGAUUUAGGACCUCGAGCUAAACGUCAGCGGAAGCAAAAAAAGGAGAAAAGAAAAAAAAGGCGAAUUAGAAGCAGCAUUUACAUCCUUAUGGUGUCUAUUCACCGUAAUAAGUUAUGCAAUGCCAGUGAUGAGGAAGACGAGGAAGAUGAUGAUGUAGAGGAUGAUGAAGCUAAAAUUCAAAAAGAAAUGGCUGGUUUUGUAGUUGAUGAAGACGAAGCUGAUGAAGAUGAGGGUGAUGAAAAUGAGGACGAUGAUCGAAGUGACAUAGAAAAAGAUGGGGAUCUCGAGCUAGAUGAUGAAGAUUUGGAUUUAUUAAAUGACAAUUUAGACAUACAGCAACGUCCAGCUGGUGGUCGUGUGGUAAUUGAAAGUGAUGAGGAGGAGGAUCAGGACUUGAACAAAAAUAGUCUUUAUGAUAGAGUUGGUGAUGGUGAUCAACGCAGUGAUAACAGAGAUGAAGAACGGCGCGAUUUUGAUGGUGAUAUGGGUUCGGGUUCUGAAAGCGAACAUUCUGAAGAUGACUUUAUUGUUACUGAUGAUGGGCAGCAAACACGUCAUCGACAGCGUCGUUAUCGUUUAGCAGAUGUACCAGAACAAGCCAUUGAUGAUGCAAGAGAAAUCUUUGGAGUCGACGAUUUUAAUUUCGCGGAGUUUUACGAUGAAGAUGCAGAGCCAGGGGAAGAAGAGGAUGACUACCCAGAAGAUGAAGAACAGGAAAUAGAAGGUGCUGAUGUUUCGCGGUCACGUAAGUUAAAACUGAAAGAGAAAAAAGCUACAUUGAUGGAUACAAUAGAACCUGCUGAGCUUGAAGAAAAAUUGUUGUCUCCUACCGAUAAACGUAUACAAUUAGAUGAUCGACCAGAGCGUUUUCAACUUCGUAGAGUCCCAGUAAGUGAAGCCGAUGAGCAGGAGCUUGAAUUUGAAGCGAAAUGGAUUUACCAGUAUGCGUUUGACAACGCAACUUUGUCGGAACAGGAAGAUACUUGUCUCACUGUAUUGUCAAACCCAGAUCUUCGUAUUGACGAACGAACGAAAGUAGCUAUCGAAGCCCCUGAUAAAAUCAAAGAGGCCUUGAAAUUCAUUCGCAAUCAAUUAUUUGAAGUGCCGUUCAUAGCAUUCUACCGUAAAGAAUAUGUGGAAUCGUGUUUAGUAAUUAAUGAUUUAUGGAAAGUAUAUCAGUGGGAUGAAAAGUGGUGUCAUCUGCAGCAAAGAAAAAGACGACUCUUAGAGUUAAUGAAACGUAUGUUAAAUUAUCAGAUGGAAAAUGAUAAUGCAGCUGGAAUGCGUAUUGUCACAGAGCAGGAUAUGAAUGAAGUGCAUGGUGUACAAACAGUCGAAGGUUUAAUGGAUGUUUCGACAAAAUUCCAGUUGUAUUACGGUCCUGAAGUACCCAAAAUGAUAGAUUGGGAAAAAAUCCAGAAUUUAAGUGAAGAUGAUCCGGAACGCGAAGCUGCGGAAAUGCGUUUUCGUGCUGCCACAAGAACUGAUAGGUAUAUGUUGUGUAUUCAAAAUGGACUAACUGGUUUGGCUUCACGUUUCGGUUUGACUCCACUGCAGUUUGCGGAAAAUUUGGACUGGAGGCGGCAUGAUAUUGUGCAAGAUGAUGAAGAACCAUUAAAAGCUGCUGAACAAUAUGUUUGUCAAAGUUUUCCCACUCCAGAAGCAGUUUUGACUGGUGCUAUACAUGUUGUUGCAAAGCAGCUAAGUAGAGAACCAAAAGUUCGUGAGCUGCUAAGAUCGCGCUAUAGGUUGCGAUUGAAGAUUUCAGUUCAUCCCACAAAAAAAGGAAGAGAGGAAAUUGAUGAGAAUCACAAAUUGUGGCCUAGAAGGUACAUACGUGACAAACCUGUGAUGAAUUUACGGCAUGAUGAAUACUUGUGGUAUGUUCAAGCUCGUAAUGCUGGGUUAUUGGUUUUAAAGUUGCAUUGUGACACAGAAGAAGAUGUGAGAUUUAAAAAAACGCUACUUCAAGACUUUCUUUCGGAUCAGCCAUAUCACCGAGAUGAAUAUUCCCGUGUUGUUGAUUUAUGGAAUAGAGUCAGAGAAGAAGCUUUGACAGUUUGUGUCAAUAAUUUCCUUUUACCAGUUUUCGAACGCGAAGCUCACGAAAGGCUUUUGCAGGAAUCAAAAGAUUAUGUAAUUAAACAAAGCACGCAAAAUCUCUAUGAUCGAAUCAAAACUGCGGCUUAUCUUAGUAUGCAUGAAGGCGAUGAUGACUUUGAGAAUGGAUUUGGUGGAGGGAUGAAAGUUUUGAGUAUUGCAUAUCCCGAAGAAAGAGAUCAGGCAUCUUUCUGUGCUCUCAUCGACCAUGAUGGUCAAGUAAUAGAUCAUCUGCGAUUAGUCCACAUCACGAAGAGUAUCAAUUCAAAAAAGCCCGGAGACGCAAAUUUGAAGCGUGAGAGCAUGAAUUAUUUGCGCAAAUUUAUUGAGAAGCGUCGCCCUCAUGUAAUCACAAUAUGUGGUGAAAACAUGGAUGCUCAUUAUCUUCGCCGAGAUAUUGAAUCAUUGCUACACGAAAUUGCUGGAGCUGCACAAGAAGUUGCAGUCGAAAUUGUUGAUAAUGAAGCAGCUAAAAUUUACAUGUACAGUAAACAAGCUUCUAUUGAGUUUCCUGACUAUCCUCCAUUGUUGAGGCAAGCAGUUUCAGUAGGGCGCUUGCUGUUGGACCCAUUGAUCGAGUACGCUCACUUGUGUAAUACAGACAACGAUAUUCUUUGUGUUUCAUACCACCCCUUACAAAGUGAAGUCAACAAGGCAGAGGAAUUGUUAUUUGCACUAUCACUGGAAUUUAUAAACAGAGUAAAUGAAGUCGGUGUAGAUGUAAAUCGAUGUUUGGAGUACCCUCAUACUUCAUAUUUAUUGCAAUUCGUUUGUGGUUUGGGUCCGAGGAAGGCUGCAUAUUUAUUGAAAAUAUUGAAGCAGAAUGAUAAUCUUUUAGAAAGCCGAACCAAAUUAGUUACGCUAUGUCGCAUGGGGCCAAAAGUAUUUAUGAAUUCUGCUGGUUUUAUAAAGAUUGAUACGACCAAGGUAUCUGAAAGAACGGAUGCUUAUGUUGAGGUACUAGAUGGGUCUCGCGUUCAUCCUGAAACGUAUGAAUGGGCUCGGAAGAUGGCAGUUGAUGCCUUGGAAAUUGAUGAUGCUGCUGAUCCUACUAGUGCUUUGGAAGAAAUUUUGCAAAAUCCUGACAAACUUAAGGAUCUUGAUUUGGAUGCUUUUGCUGAAGAACUCGCACGACAAGGUUUCGGUAAUAAAAGUAUUACGUUGUAUGAUAUUCGUGCAGAAUUGAAUCAUCGAUACAAAGAUCUCCGGAUCCCUUACGAAAGUUCUUCGGCUGAAAGAAUUUUCACUAUGUUGACCAAAGAAACUUCUGACUCCAUAGGAAAAUUGGUGAUGGGUCGGGUGAUGCAUAUAGUUUAUCGGAAACCAAGAGAUCCAGAAGAACGAGAACGAGUACCGCCUAUAAGAGAUGAGCGGACGGGUCAGUGGAAGUGCCAAUAUUGCUAUAAACCUGAUUUUAGCAAUACCAACGAGGUUUGGCAGCAUAUUGAUUCCUGCCCUGGGCAACCAAUAGGUGUCAAAGUGCGGUUUGACAACGGUAUAACUGGAUUUAUUCCUAAUAAGUAUAUCUCGGAUCGGCCUGAUUCAUUUGUAGAUCCAAGCGAAAGAGUUCGACGAAACCAGCCUAUCUAUUGUCGCAUAUUAGAAUUAGAUCCUGACAAAUUUUCCGCAACAUGCUCUUGUCGCUCAUCUGAUUUAAAAUGCCUUCAACCUCAGAACAGUGAAUUUGAUCGUUACUUUGAUAAACUAAAGUGUGAGGAAGAUGAUGAAAAAGAUAAAAAAGUGAAAGAGCAAAGGAAGAUCAUAACAUAUUUUGUAAAAAGAGUUAUAUCGCAUCCAUCAUUUCAUAAUGUCACUUUCAAGGAUGCAGAACGAAUGCUUCAAAAAUUUGAACAAGGAGAAGCGAUUAUUCGCCCUAGUUCUAAAUCCGUUUCCCACUUAACAGUGACGUGGAAAGUUGCAGAUGGUAUUUAUCAACAUAUCGAUAUCAAAGAAGAGGGCAAGCAACAUCAAUUCAGUCUUGGAAAAACACUUUUGAUUGGUACCGAAGAAUUCGAAGAUUUGGAUGAAAUUGUUGCUCGUCACAUACAACCAAUGGCUGCGUUAGCUCGUGAUGUUUUAUCUCACAAAUACUUCUUAGACGGUAAGAGGGCCGAAGAGAGAGAUUCCAUUGAAGGUUACUUAAUAGAUGAAAAAAAGCGCAAUCCUCAGAGGAUACCAUAUACACUAACGCCAUCACAAGAUUAUCCUGGAAAAUUUGUUCUAUCUUAUCUACCGCGGAACAAAGUGAGGCAUGAAUAUAUGACCGUAACACCUGAAGGAUUUCGUUUCCGACAGCAACUGUUUCCAAGUCUUGAAGCUCUUUUGGCUUGGUUUAAAGUUCAUUAUCGGGAGCCACCUCCAGGAAGUAAGUUUAGUUUUUGUUCAAAAGAUUGUUUAUUGUGUAUAGAAGAGUGCUAAUA